GCCUCCUCACAACGCACGUAGCCUCCGCGCCGUACGGUCCCGCGAAGCGUUAAAUCUGACGCGCACCGCCGCGAGUCCAUGUGAGCGACCGACGGUUCUCUCGUUGUGCACGGUGAACGAAGGAUCGGCAAGCUGUACGCGCCGCAGGAAGACGACAUGUUGACGAUGGAGACGGAUCUCAAAGGCGGCAGCCUGCACGCCACCGUGCCGCCGCACCACGCGCUCCAGCACGGCUACGGGUCGCUGGGAGCGCUCGGCGGCAUGAUGGCGCUGCCGCAGCAGCAGCCGCUGGCACAGCAUCAGCCGCUGCAGCACCAGCACCACCAGCCGCUGCCGCCGCACCACGCGCAGCCCACGCAUCACGCGCCACACCAGACCACCAAUAACAAUAACAACACCACAAGCAAAAAUUCCAAUACUGAACGUGUCAAGCGUCCCAUGAACGCUUUCAUGGUGUGGUCGCGCGGACAGCGCAGGAAGAUGGCAUCGGAUAACCCCAAGAUGCACAAUUCGGAAAUAUCAAAGCGACUCGGUGCACAGUGGAAAGACCUCUCGGAAUCCGAGAAGCGACCGUUCAUCGACGAGGCGAAGAGACUUCGCGCUGUUCACAUGAAGGAACACCCAGACUAUAAAUAUAGACCAAGGAGGAAGACGAAGACGCUCGCCAAAAAACAAGAAAAAUACCCGCUCGGCGGAGGAGGGCUCCUGGGUGCGGGCGAGGCGCAACGCAGCGCGGCACCAGCGGCGCAGCAGCCGCGAGAUGUGUACCAGAUGACACCCAAUGGAUACAUGCCCAACGGAUACAUGAUGCACGACCCGAGCGCGUACCAGCAGCAGGCGUACGGGUAUCCGCGCUAUGACGUGUCGCAGAUGCAGCAGAGCGGAUACGGCGGCGGAUACUACGGCGGCGGCGGGCAGGGCUCGCCGUACCUGCCGCAGCCGCCGUCGCCGUCGGCGUACGGGCUGGGUCCUGGCUCUCCGGGCGGAUACGCGCUGCCACCAUCGUGCGCAUCACACUCACCGAGCGGCUCUUCGGCCAAGUCGGAGCCGGUGUCACCGGGCCCACCGGGACUGAAACGCGAGUUUGGGCAUGAGCCGCCGGCGCAGCUAAAGCGCGAAUUCGCGCCGCACGCGCAGCCGCACGAGCAGCUCGCCAUGAAACGCGAGUACGGGCAGCAGGACCUCAGCCACAUCAUCAACAUGUACCACGUGCCCGACGAGCAGCGGUACGCGGCCGUGAACGAGCGCGCCAUGCCGCUCAUCUGAGAAUCACCGUUCGCGUGCGACAUCGACAUCCCGCCUCUAUGAGCGGCUCGUGUCGCCCGCCUGCACCCGCUGCGUGUCGCCCCCAGUGACUUUGUCGCGAGACAGUUUUCGCGUUAGGACAGUGCUCGUUAUCUCGGCAUAAACAUACUCCUGGGUAUGUCGUUCAUUUGUUUUGUAAUGUACCGACGGAUGCCGUAAUAUUCGCGGCCUGUUGUCGGUGGCUCGCCGUCGGCCCUUGCCGGCGGCCGACGCGCACCACCUCAUUCAAUGUUGUUGAUGAAUUAUCUUGUAUUAUAUUACGAUUAUUGUAUUUUUUCAUGGUUUAAGUUAAAAUAUUUUAAGUCGUGCCGUGCGGAAGGAUGCCAGGGUUUGAGUGCAAGACGCGUGAGAGACGAAGUAGUGCUUGAGGUAAUUCGAAUACCAAAAAAAUUUGAACAAUUUGUAAAUAUAGUGUUAAAGGCUAGAGUUGACGUUGGAGUUAGUCGGUAAUGUAGGUAGAUAGCGAUAAGUCGUGCCACGACGUUGCACUCGUACGCCUGUCGUGCGUUGUACAAAAUAUUUGUUAUAUGGAAACGAAACGUUAUAAAGCCUCGAAAGACUAAAAUAUUGUAAUACAAAAUGUACAGUGAGUGUUAUAUAGUCAGUGGACACAAAAGUAUAUUGAAGAAAAGAUGACGUUAUCAAUAAACGACGCGUUAAAAUUGUA